GCGUUCACGUACGACCUUGUUUUUGUUGAUGUUUAAUUUGAGUGCGGCUGCGCGCUGCUCAAUGCUUCCUCCGUUGCUGACGCGACUUGGCAGAGAAAAGGAAAAGGAGAGUGUGUGUUAUCCUCUGGCUGUAGCCAGCGACGUUUAUCUAAAACUAGAAAGGGAGUACGACCAUAGUGUAGGAUUAGUUGGGAGCCUGGGAGGAGGACUAGCAAACGACAGAGAGACAGUAGGUCAGCAGGUCCUCUCCUCCUCUAUGUGAUCUGUCGUCCUCUGCUCGUCGUCGGGACGCUGCCAGCGAGGGCCGAGCAACAAACACAGCUUAUCAACAUUAUAUGAUCCAGUGUCCAGCGUCGCUUUUACCCUCCAUGUGGGUGAGGGAGCUGUGUGUAUCAGAUUAUGGCGAGAAAAACAGUUAGCAGGAAAAGGAAGGCAGGAGAGCCCAAAGACCAACAACAGCUGGGCUGGUGUCAACCGCCACACAAGCGGAGCCGUGUUUCUUGUUCAUCACGUCAUGCCCAGCAGUGGUGGUGCAGUCGGCGCUCGGUUGUAUGUGCCCUCCGGGGGCGGGAGUUCAGGCCUCAGCAGCAGCACGAGCUGCGGCUCCAGCGGAGCCUCCGGGGCUUUGCAGCCGGCCGGCUCCCUGGCAUCCUCAAGGAGAGGGAGUUCUCCCUGGGACGCCUCAACAAGGUGUUCGCUUCACAGUGGCUCAACCACAGGCAGGUGGUGUGUGGGACCAAGUGUAACACGCUUUUUGUAGCUGAUGUCCUGACGGGGCAGAUAACGCGCAUUCCCAUGCUGAAGGACAGGGAGUGUCGUGGUGGAGGCUCUGGGGAGGUGGGCGCAGUGGUGGCGGGGAGGCAUUACCACCCCACAGGAGGCUCUCGUGCCCGGCUGGACCAGCAGGGCUGCGGGAUCCACGCUAUCGAACUCAACCCCUCCAGAACGCUGCUAGCCACCGGAGGAGACAACCCCAACAGCCUGGCCAUCUACCAGCUGCCCACGCUGGACCCCGUCUGUGUGGGAGAUGAAGGUCACAAUGACUGGAUCUUCUCCAUAGCGUGGAUCAGUGACAACAUGGCGGUUUCUGGGUCCAGAGAUGGCUCCAUGGGUCUGUGGGAGGUGACGGAGGAAGUAAUGAGCCAGGCCGAGCGCAGUCAGAAUGAGGAGGCAGUACCGUCGUACGCCCACAUCUCCCACCGCGCCCUCAAGGACAUCCCAAAGGAGUAUACCAACCCAUACAACUGUAAGGUCCGUGCCCUGGCCUUCAACAACAACCAUAAGGAGCUGGGUGCUGUGUCUUUGGAUGGCUAUUUCCACCUCUGGAAAGCUGAGCACAACUUGUGCAAGAUACUGUCCACCAAGCUGCCUCACUGCAAAGAGAAUGUGUGUCUGGCGUAUGGACAGGACUGGUCGGUGUACGCUGUGGGUUCUCAGGCCCACGUUUCCUUUCUGGAUCCCCGGCAGCCGACAAACAGCAUCAAGUCCGUCAAUUCCAGAGAGAGAGGAAGCGACACCUUUGUCUGUUCAGGAAUCCGUUCAGUGAGUUUCUACGAGCACAUUGUGACAGUGGGUACCGGCCAGGGUUCCCUUCUCUUCUACGACAUCCGGGCCCAGAGAUUCCUGGAGAACUCUUUGAAUCCAGCCGCAGGGUACCGGAAGUGUCCAGGAGAUGGCAUCCUCAAACUAUCUACAGGAAAAGGCUGGCUGAAUCACGAUGAGACGUGGAGGAGUUACUUCUCGGACAUUCAUUCCUUCCCAAACGCGGUUUACACCCACUGCUACGACGACUCCGGCACCAAGCUGUUUGUAGCCGGCGGACCGCUCUGUUCCGGCCUGCACGGCAACUACGCAGGACUGUGGAGCUAGCCUCUUCGUCUCCUCCAUCGCUCUAUCACUACAUCCUCGUCCAGAUUUUUUCCCCUAACCAGUCCCUCCAUCCCUCUCCCUCUUCAACUCCGUUGGCAUCACCGUCUCUGGUAUCCCUCCUUGCUCAUUGAAUUGUCACUCUGUUUUGCUCACACGUGGACUCAGGAGCAUGAUCUUGCCCCCACCGUAUCACGGCUUUGAAUAUUGUUGUUGUGUACGUUUGUGUCCACCAUCACUCUAUCCCUUUCUCCUCCCUAUUAUUCCUUUGCUCCUUUCACCUCAGCUACUCAGUUUUUUUAUAUGAAAAUGUACAAACAAUUAACUAGUAAUUUUCAAGAGCUGCGAAGUCUGCCACUGAGGAACUCGGAAGAGUUUUAAGAAUAAGGUAAUACAUGUUCUCAUCAUUUAAAACAUCCAACCCGCAGGGAUUAGGUUAUGGUCUUUUGCUGGCUUGUUUUUGUAUGUAAGGAUAGUGUUUACCGCUGCUUCCUCUGUGAUAAAAAAGACGGUUGUCUUUGUGAAAUACCUGUGGAAUUUUUCACCCAAAAGUUCCUUUUCAUUCUCUCACUGAAAUGGACGGCAAUAAAAGAGGGAGAGGAAGAAGGGCGCGAAGAGACGAUUCAUUUUGAAAGACUGAACCCGGAGUGCAGUUUGACGUUUGAUGGAGAAUAUUAACGUGUUGGAACAGCCCGUCCUGUCCCACAACAAUCACAAAGAACUUCUCUCUUCUCCUGGCAGAAGUUAAAAAACGAAGAAGCCAAUCAAAAUGGGACUUUGUGUUCAUAUUUUCUCUCACCAAGAUGAUGUAAAGGAGAAACAUUAAGAUUGCUAAAUGCAGUGUUGUUCUGCUACGAAUUAAUCCCAACAAAAGCGUAUUUUAUUUUUUGACUGUGUGUGAUUUGACAGGCAUACCCCUGCUGAUAUUCUAAUUUGCUUUAUUUGUAUUUAUUUUCCCUUUCUCUGUCACCUUUAUUCAGUUGGUCAGGGGUGUUUAUAUCUGCUUCUUUUGAAGGAUAUAUUGUCUCUUUGCUUAUGUUCCUGUUCUCUUUGUCCAGAAUGCUUUCAGCAGAUUUGUCCGUUAGUGGUUUUCAAACUCUGUAACCGUUCUGGUGCUACCAGAGAAUUUAUCAUAAGGUUAUAGGUUUUGGUAGCAAAUCAAAUAUGAUGAUUGAUAGAUAGAGGAGCCUUUAAUGGGUUAAACCCCCUCUGGGAGAAGAUCUAUAGUAGCUCACUUUUAUCUUCUCAACCAUCCAGCAAGAAGGAUGAAAGGAGAACUAAUGAUAAGUUUUGGACUCCCCUCUGGAGUUAGAUGCUGCAGGCACAUGCAUUUGUUGUCACAGUUGUAAAACUUUAUUUUUUCCUCUUUUUUCGUACCAAGGAGUGAGCGAUUCUGCUCUUUUUCCUUGUUUGGUAGAGGCAGGGUAGGCUUGAGUUACGUUUUUGCCUUCCUCGGGUCUUUCUGUGAAAGACUGCCACAGGAGAUCAUAGUUUUCCUUUUCUACAUGGAACUUUUCUCCAGUUUUCAUGAUAAUGACAUAUUGAAAAGAGAAACCCCAAUUACGACCACAAAUUGAACAAAUAACCGACACUUUUAAAGUGUAUUUUAUAUAUAAAUGUGUAUAUGUAUGUGUAAAAUACAUAGGGACAAUUGCAUACAUUUUUAUGUAUAUGUCUGAGGAAGUGUGUGGAUUGAUCUGUCUACUUGGUGAUGCCCUGUUUUUUUUAUACAUGCCUCAUGAAUGUUUUUACAAAUGACUGAAUCUGAGGAUAUUGUAAGAUAUAAACAUCUGGAAAAAAAACAAGCUAUUAAAUCUUUAAAAAAGAGUAAAUAAUAAAAAUAAAAUGUAUAUUGA